GCCGCAGCCACCGCCCCCGACCCAGAGCGCUCGCACCAUGGCCGGCCCCGGCCUCGCCUGCUGCCUGCUGGGCCUCCUGGCGCUUACCUCCGCCUGCUACAUCCAGAACUGCCCCCUGGGCGGCAAGAGGGCCGCGCUGGACCUCGACGUGCGCCAGUGUCUCCCCUGCGGCCCCGGGGGCAAAGGGCGCUGCUUCGGGCCCAGCAUCUGCUGCGGCGACGAGCUGGGCUGCUUCGUGGGCACGGCCGAGGCGCUGCGCUGCCAGGAGGAGAACUACCUGCCGUCGCCCUGCCAGUCGGGCCACCAGCCGUGCGGGAGCGGGGGCCGCUGCGCCGCCGCCGGCAUCUGCUGCAGCCCGGACGGCUGCCGCGCCGAGCCCGCCUGCGACCCCGAGGCUGCCUUCUCCCAGCGCUGAGCCGGAUGGCCCCGACGGUGGCGCAGCCACCCCCAGAAAUAAUGAAAUAAAAUAAAGCAGAGUUUUUCCCCUCCAA